AUGGCUGCUGCUGCUACCGCCGCCGCUGAAGCGGGUCUUGAGUACACCUCGAUCGAUGACAUUCCAAAGAUCAACUCCGACCUCCGUGCCGCCUUCUUGACCGGCAAAACCCGUUCGAUCGAGUAUCGCAAGAACCAGCUCAAGCAGCUCGCUUUCAUGUUCAAAGACCACCAGGAUGACUUUGUCGAAGCUCUUCGCAAAGAUCUUGGCCGUUCUCGUUUCGAGACCAUCUUUGCCGAGCUUACCGGUACUACCAAUGAGAUCGUAGAAGCUGUUCAGAAGCUCGACAAGUGGGCCAAGCCUCAGAAGCCAUGGGCUGGUGCUGCUUGGGCUAUGCACGGUGCUAAGGUCCGUUCCGAACCCAAGGGCACCGUUCUGGUUCUUGGUGCUUGGAACUAUCCGAUCACUGUUCAGGUGGGUCCUGUCAUCGGUGCUAUUGCUGCUGGUAACACUGUUAUCCUCAAGCCUUCCGAGGUGGCUAGCCACACUGCCAAGUUGCUUUCGCAACUCUGGAACAAGUACCUCGACCCUGAAUGCUACCGUAUUGUUAACGGUGGCAUUCCAGAGACUACUGCUCUGCUUGAUCAGCGAUUCGAGCACAUCUUCUACACCGGUAACGGUACUGUCGGUCGUAUCGUCGCUGAAAAGGCUGCCAAGUGGCUUUGCCCUGCCACCCUCGAACUUGGUGGCAAGUCGCCCGUCUACGUCGACAAGAGUGCCGAUCUUAGUAUCGCCGCUCGCCGUAUCCUUUGGGGUAAAGCCUUCAACUGUGGUCAGACUUGCAUUGCUCCCGAUUACGUCUUGAUCCCUCACGAACUUCAGGCGCGUUUCGUCGCCGAGCUCAAGAAGGCUUACAAGAGCUUCUACCCUGACCUUGAGGGAGGUGUCGACAACUCGGAGAGCUAUGCUCGUAUCAUCAAUGCCGGUCACUGGAAGCGUCUCAGUGCUAUGCUUUCCGGUACCAAGGGUAACGUUGUACUUGGUGGUCAAGGCGAUGCCAAGUCCAAGUUCAUGCCACCUACUAUUAUUGCUGAUGUCAAGACAGAUGAUCCUGUCAUGUCCGGAGAGAUCUUUGGUCCCUUGCUUCCCAUUGUACCUGUUAAGGAUGUCAAGGCAGCUGUUGAGUUCAUCAACUCUCGCGACCAGCCUCUGGCACUCUACCUCUUCGCUGGGGACAACAAGGUGAAGGAGUACUUUUUCGACAACACUCGUUCCGGUGCCUGCGUUCAGGGUGAUACCUUGUUGCACUUUGCUGUCGAUGCUUUGCCUUUCGGCGGUACCGGUCCUUCUGGAUAUGGCAACUACCACGGUAAGGCUUCCUUCGAUCAGUUCAGUCAUCAGCGUGCAAGCUUGGACGCUCCUUCCACCGGUAUUCUAGGAAAAAUCAUCGAGGUGGUCAUGGCUUCCCGUUACCCACCUUACACUGAGGCCAACUUGAAGAAGUUGAGCUUGUUGGCAGCAUACAAGGUUUCGUUCUCAAGACCGAAGAACCCUCAUAACAGCGUUACCUAUUCCUCAUCCUCGACUCAAAGCGGAGUGAUUCGAAGAAUGACGGUCAUCUUUUUGCUCAUCUCGCUCGUCUUUGGCGCUAGGAACAAGGGUUACAUUGGUUGGAUCUAA